AUGGCUCCCCUGGAACUGGAGGCAGCCAGUUUCUCUCUGGCUAUGCUGGCCUGGAUAGGCACCAUUGUGUGCUGUUGGCUGCCCAAGUGGCGUGUGAAGGAAAUUUCUGAAUGCACAGUCAUUUGGGAGGGCUUGUGGAACCUGUGUGAGGCUGACAAACUCCAGAGCCUGAAGUGCAUGAUGUACAACUCCCGCCUGGUACAGCCACAUAUCGCGAAUGAAGAAAAGAUCAUGAUGGCGGCAAGUGUGUUGUUCCUGGGGUUUGGUCUGCUGCUGCUGGUGUCUGCGUCCUGGGUAACACAUGAUGUCAUCCUUGGCAUUGCCAACCUUCAAACAGUCUCCCAAAGGAAACCAGAGAUGGGAGCCUCACUCUACCUGGGCUGGCUCAGCUCCCUGCUGCUUCUGCUGGGAGGGGCCCUUCUGGGAGCGGCCCACCUGUGGUGCGAGGUCCCAACUAACAAUGACAGUCCAGUGUUCCAGAGGAGUUCACCUCUGAAAUUACGCAGUCUGCGUCCCUGGCACCUCAGCCACUUGCUUGCAGAAGAUAAACCUCGGUAUUGGAAACCGCCUUCUCCUGGCUGGCAGUCGCUGUGGUACUAUGGGAACAUGUAA